GCGUUCUAGCGAGCGUUGUCGUCGUUAUGGCGGAUCAGCUGAUGUUAGCUGCUCCCCGAUCGCAUAAUUUUCCUACCCCCGUGCCCCUCCCCCUCUUGUUUUGAUUUUGUUUGUCAAGUUGACCUUGACCUUGACGUUGUCGUGGACCUCAGGCGGCAGCUAGGAGAGAGGACGUCGGGGAUUUAUUCUGUUUUAGGUAUUGUAGUUUGUUCUAAACUAACUUAACAGGACAAUGGGGAAUGUUAACAAGGCCAUGAAUGAAGCAACAAGAAAAAAUCAAGAAUUCAUGCUGGAAACUCAAAGAAUACAGCUUGAAAGACAAAUCCAUAUGCAAAAUGAAAUGCGCGAGAAGAUGAUGUCCAUGCAGAUUGCGAGAUCAAGAGAGUUACUUUAUUGGUUUGGGACAUUCUAUAUUGUGGCAGGCAUUGGCAUGAUAGCUGGGUUCCGUCGAACACGCAAACCGGGAACGUUGGUUCCUUUGCUUCCAUUGUCGUUCCUCCUGGCAUAUCAGGCUGAUCUUGCUUAUGGUUCAAAACUCAACCGGAUUAAAAUGGAAGCAGAGAACAUCCUGUUGUUCGAACGUGACCUCGUCUCCAUUCCAAUGGGAGUGCCGACGCCAUCAUCCAUUGACGAGGCCAGAGAGAGGCAAGAGGAGAGCAAACGUCUCAACAAGACAACAGCACGGGACAACUGGAAACACCAUUAGAUAUAUAAAUUUGGUCUCUUCGUGGCUGGUAGUGCACCCUCACAAUUUGGUCUCAUCCUGGCUGGUAGUGCACCCUCACACAAAGUAAGAUAAGGAGUGUGGUUAUUAUGUGUGAACAUACAAGCUUUACAUACUAGAUGUAAAUAUUCCCAGGGUAAAAUCUUUAUAUUCCACUUGGUUUGCCAGCAUUGCCUGUUGAUUCCACCUCUCUGCCAACUUCAGCUCACUGGGUAUUAAAUCUAUGCAUCAUACUCAUUGAAAAUAUGUCAAUAGUUGUUAAUAAGAACUUUAAAGUCUUCAGGAUCUGUGAAAUUGGUAAUUCAUUUUCUGUUUCAUUCAAAUGACAUUGUGGUGUAUUGAGUAUGGUAUAUGUCUCUCAAGGAAGGGAAUUCACAUUUCUCUCUGCUAUUGGUAACUUUUUAUUUAGUGCAGAAUCAAUCUUGGAAUCAACACAGGUAAAAUAGGGGUUUGUAUGUAUGAUUAUCAUAUACGUACCCGAGGUCGUUAGGAUGAAUUAUCAGAUACUUGAGGCUGUUAGGAGCAAUUAUUUUCAUCAAAGUAUGUGACACUAGAAAGUUCUAAAUUGUUGGAAAUGUUUUCCAUGUCAAUAUUUCAUUAACAUUAAACUUUGAAUAGAUUUCUUAAAGAUUACUUAAAGAUUCUUAAAGAUUAUUUUGAAUAUUCAUUUUCCUGUAUGUAGCUGCAUAUUUAGGACAUAUGUACUGUAUUAUUUUGAAUAUUCAUUUUCCUGUAUGUAGCUGCAUAUUUAGGACAUAUGUACUGUAUGUUCCAGGCAGUCAUAAAUUCCAGAUUUGUUUUUAGUAUCUUCUUUGAGCAUUUUUCUGGAUAAAAAUAAGAUAGUUUACGGCAUCAUAAAGUGAAAUUGAGACUUUUGUAGUAUACAGUUAAACCCCACCUAUCGCGGUUCCGGACUCAUGGACUUGCCUAUUCACAGAUUUUUCUGUUGAAUGUAUAUACUACCUAUUAUUCACCGAAAAUUCAUCUAUUUACAGUAUUUUUCAUAGCUAAAUAUUCAUUAAUUACUGUAUCAGGUACUAUAAGCAUUUUUAAAGGUAUUUUUUGUUGAUUGAACUAUCAGAAUAGGCAGUUAUAAGCAUUUUUAGAGGGGUUUUAAGUAUUUGCAGGGUUUAGCUAUUUGUGGGGGUUGUGGUUUGCAUCCCCCGCAAAUACUGAGGGUCGACUGUAUGGUAUUCAAGGAAAUUGCAGAAAACUGAUUUUACAUUUUGUAGGUUCAGGUUGUCAUUUUCUGAGAGCCACAGCGGAAGUCAUGGGUUUGUGCAUCGUACAGAAAUGUGUAAAUUUGAAACAAAUUUCAUGUUUUGUAGGGGCAAGCCAUUACUUUCCAAUACCUCUUUGGUAAGUCCUGAUCCAUACUUUGUAUUGAAUGCAUAGUGUUUCAUUAAUUAAAUCAGUAUAAAUACAUACUGUUUCACAGACAAGACACGCUGACUGCAAAUUCAAAUGAUAUGUAUUGUGCUGUGUUAGUUGUUGAUUAGUUAAUAUUAGAAGACAUUAAGAACUAAAUGUCAGUAAAUUACAAAUGAUUAAUUUUUUACCAAAUGCGCUAGUAGUACUCAGUAUUGCUGUAACUUUUCUUUAAAUUUUAUGUCAAAAACUGAAAUCAUUUUUAAAAUAGGAACAUCUCUGGGUUUAUUGUAGUUUCUUUAGUAAAUUAGGAGACAUAAAAACGAUAAUUUUUUACCGUUAUGGUAGUUUCUGUCUUCCAUGUAAAGUACCAAAAGUCAGUCUGUCACAUAAUUUUAUAUAUUUUCCUUUUUUUAAUAUGUAUAAACAUUUUAUAGAUCUGUAAGGUGUACAAGAGAAGUGUUUCAUGCAUGCCUAAGAUACUUAAGAGGAACAUACCAAUCUUUCAAUUACUAUUGGUUAUCCCCUGGUUGUUUUAAUGGUUUGCACCACCAUUGACAAGGAAAAUAUUUUGUGAAAUGGAAACUAUGCUGCUGAGUUUAGUUUACACAUCUUUUCAUUGCCAUGAAUUGUCUUUAAUGUAGUCGUAAUGUGUUGCUGGUCAUUUAAAAUAUAAUGAAAGCAAAAUUUUUACAAGAAUUUAGAAGGUAGAGCUUGGAAAGGCAAAUUUUCCUAUAUGGUGACUGUGAUAGGUGUUUUGUAGCAAGGUAAUAAAAUAACAUGAUGAAAAUAAGCUAAGUUCGUCCACUAGAAUAAUAAUUACUAGUAGUAUUCUAUAAGGUAAAGUGUUAGCAUAUCAGAGAUUCCCUGGGUGAAGAUUGAAAAUAAGCUGCAUUGAUUGUGUAGUGGUUUUAUUCAAGAUAGGUAAUUCUGCGUAAAACUGUCAGAUUUUUAACAUGUCAAAGAGUUCUUGCAUAUUGUAUGGGGAUGAAGAAUACAGAGGUUAUUAGAAGGAUGUGAUAUGAAUGCAUUCACCAUUCAAAAUCCACACUUCUCUUGCCUCUUCAUGCUAUUUGUAAAGUCACUCGAACAGAGUGCUGUUUUACAGUUAUGUCUCUUUCAAUUUUUCAUGUAAUACUUUGUGAUGUUUCUGUGUUCCUCCACAAUGUAUACAAAAUUUAGGGUAUCCCUGUGAAUUAGAGGUGCCAUUGGGUCAGUCCCUGUAACUCAUCAAUCAUUAGUUUUUGUUAGUGUCGUUGCUGUGCAGACAUCUUGCCAGAGCAAUUAUCUAAAUUGCAGUUGAUUGAUCUUCCUUUGACUCCAUCUGUUCUUGCUGGACUUGCUUCCCUGACCAUCAGUCUUGGUAAGUCAUUGACAGAGACUCCUUGAAGCCCAUUGUUCUACUUAAAGAGGGGGAAGGAAUUCCUGAAUUUCUAACUUGUUCUCUUGGUUCCAGUUCUGCAGACUGGCUGAGUCAAAGAGCUAAUGAUGAUGAAGCCUUUCAUAAUAUUUUGGAAAGUCUUAUACAGUAUGGACACAUUUUUGUUCUGAAGUUUGCAUGUUGCUGGUAAAGACAUGAAUAGUACAUGAUGCCGAGUAGUAUAUGAAUUUUUCUUUCUGAUGACUAAUGGAAAUACAAUAUUUUAAACAGUCAUUGUUCAUGGUUAUUUAAUAGUUAAGAUUUCUUAGAGGGCAUUACCAUCUUCCUUUAUUCACUGGUUUAGAUGAAAUUUAGCAGAAGGGCUAUUUAUUCCAAAAUAUUUUUGACUUGGACCAAUUUUUCAAGGUGAUGGGGCCAGAAUUUUAUUUUCCAGUACGUACAGUAUUUUGUUUUUUCGCUGAUUUUGAAGAAAAUAAAUACAGUAGUACAGGUAGUCCCAGGUUAUUGGCAAUCUGCUUUUAUGGGGCUUGUCUAGUGAAAAUUGGCCAUUCUUCACCAUCAAUAUGUGGUGAUAAUCAGGUAUUGGUGUAUAUGCAUACCUAAGACAGGGGCUUGUCUUCAGUUAUGGGCACCAGUAAGUGCUGAAAAGUGCUGGUUGUCAGCAAUUUUCACUUAUUGUUACUCCAUUAGAAAACCAGGGACUGCCUUUACAUAUAUUCGUACCUUAAAGUUGAAGGAUAUUUGCUACUGUAUGUCUUAAAAUAUUCUAUCAUCUAUUUUUCAAGGGCACUAGUUAAUUUGAAGGCCAACAUUUAAUUUUUCUCUGAUUACCUUGUUUUGGAUUAUUUUUUACAAGCACAUUUUUCACCUUAAACUGUUUUUUAUGGUUACAGCCAAUGUAAUUUUUUAAAUGUGUAGUUUUUCACAAAGAGAUCCUGCUUUUUCUCCUUCAUAAUUCUUCAGAACUACAAACUUUUCCAAUUAUACCCACUAUUGUGGAUUUUUCAUGAAGUCAUUGUAUUAUGCGUUUAUAGGAAAUAGUAAAGGUUUUAAACAGAUGAACAACUUUGUCUUCUGUGCUGGUAUGAAAAAAAACUAUGCGGGUGUUUUGAAAGUCUGGACAGCCUAACCUGUUGCCUUGUAACCCCUGGGUUAAAGGCUGAAAAUCCCAUCCUCUGGCCUUUUUAACCUUGAUCUUUUUUCAGGUCACAGGUCAAUUUAAAAGCCCAGAUUUUAGCAUUCUUUCUGGAUCUAAGAUAGUGUGAUAGUUAAGACAUCUUGGUCUUCAGAAUCUUUGUCAGGACAUGUGACAAUCAAGUUUUGAUGGUGGAAUGACAGCUUUUGUUUGAGCCUGAAGGUGAAAUAGCAGUUUAUGAAGGUUUGGGUAUUGGAACCCUCUAAAAUUUUGUAAAUGAAUUAAGCUCAGAAGUGAAACGGCAGCUUUUGUCCAGAUCUGAAGUGGAAAUGACACCUUUAGGGGGUUAGGUAUUGAAAUCUAUCAAAAUGUAUUAAGAUGAUGCUAUUGUUUCUUAACAUUUGAAAUCCAUCUUUGCUUGUGAGGAUCCUCCAAUGGUAGAGUAUUAACCAAAUGCAGUACUGUAUAGUGGUGAGACUUUGGCUUCCACUCUUUUAGACAUACCUCACCCUCACUGUAAGCACAAAUUGAUGGUAUCCACCCCAUUGUUUUCAUCUGUGGAUUUGCAAUGGUUUCACUUUUAAAAGCAGCAGCAGAUAAAGUUUACAUAAAGAAUUGGUUUGUGUAGUUGUGAAACACUAAAAUUGUUUGAAAAGAAUCUACAUAUAUAUUGUAUAGUUUAGCCAGUACCUGAUUAAUACAAGGGUGUUCUUAUUUUGAAAGUAGAGAAUGAAUAUUGAAUGAUAUUAGAUUUUUGGUUGCAUACAUUUUUUGAAGAGAAAGGUUUAAAACAUUUCUUGUAUAUAUUUUGUUGUGUAUCCUGUUUUUACAACACUUAUGCUCAUGUUAUUCAAGCAACAGUGGAGGAAACUGGCUCAAUGAUUUUAUACAGGUCCUAAAUGAUUUGAAUCUUGACUUGUUAGAAAAGUAUGUGCCUAAACCACAAAUUACAUAGCAUUGCAUUGCAGUAUACAACAAGAACUGUAUGUUACAUCUUAGAUUUUGGAGAUUUCAAAGUCAGACAUUUGGCCCAGGAAAAGUUCCAGGUAACUUUCAACAUCUGACAUUGAACUACAUUGCAGAAGUUUCUUUGAAGAUGCCCAAAGAUAGAACAUACUAUUACAUAAGAUGAUUAUUGUCCAAGUAAGGAAAACAAUUAAAGAUCAAGCUUUUUCAAUGUAAAGGUCCUGUCUAAUCACUUGCUUUGUUACACCAGGCGAGAAUUUCCCUUUGUUCCUUAGUUCUGUGUUUGUCUUUCAGGGAAUUCAUAUCAUGCAUUUCCUAUGUCCUGUAGAGAGUAGGAACCUCAUUAGGUUUGUGUAGCUACCUCUGAAAUAUGGAGCAGAGUAUUUUGCAUCAGUUUUGUAUUUUAGGAGAAAUAGCAAGUGAAGUGUUAUUAGGGAAGUGCUCUAUGAAUUGAUUAUCUGUAAUGUUUUUGAGUCACCAAGUGAUGGAUAUUGCACUAAUGAAUAAAGUGUGGUGUAUUUACCUAAAACUUUUGAACUGUUGGAAGGAAAUUUUUCCUCUUAUAAAGUAUAGAUUCCAAGAUUGACCUUUGAACUAUGAAGGAAUUAAAGGAACACAGGUUAGAUAGUAAUAGGAAGGAAUGAAAGGAACACAGGUUGAAUAGUAAUAGGGGGACAGAAAGUAGAAAGUAAACAUUGCAUUGUAGUUAUAUUUAGAUAAGUCUUGACGAAUUUAAGUUUUUGUAAAUUAAAUUCAAUUAUUUUCUUGGUUAUCAAUCAUUUCACUGCACUGGAAUUGACAAAUGCUUUCAUAGUUUUACCACCAUUUCUGAUAUAUUGUUAAGUGAUGAAAUGACAUAUUAACUUCAAGAGAAACUAUAAAGAUGAUAUUGUGUUAUUAUGCCGAGGAAUUUUAAGUCAGUGUUCAAGAACCUAAAAAGUCGGUGUAAUCUAGCUGUCUUUAUUACAAUUUAUAUAAUCUUGUUGUACAAGUAAACUGUGUUUUGAAAUGAGUACCUACCACAUUUUUCAUUAACAUACUUUGAGCAAGUUUGAUGUUUAGCAUGUGAAUGUUGAAAGAUAUAUGGUUUUUAUGAAAUAGUUAACAUUCGCCUUUUUGACAGGCAGUGGUCUUAUUGUUUUCUCACACCGCAAACAAACAGUAACUUAAAUACAGUAAGGUUCUUGAAGAAAAGUCUGAUGUCAUAUAAAGCCAUUACUACUUUUGUUUGGAACAUUUCCUGUCUAACCUUGUUUUAAGUUAUUGAAACAAAUACUAAUAAGAAUAUAAUGAAGUUUCCACUGAAGUUUAAGUAUACUAGAUAGGGUUGGCCAUUAAAGUUUCUUAUGUUGAAUUGCUCUGUUGCAAGUGUGAUUAUCAUUGAUGUAUCUUCUAGCAUGAAGUCUAUAAUCUCCAGGAUGGUUUUUCUCAAGUAUUCACAUGUCCGUGCUUUUGAUUCAGGGUGGCAGGGGUAUCAACAAGUUACAAUACAAUUCCUGUAUUAGUAUGUAGGUAAUAUUUCUCCAGCAGUUGAUUUAGCUAGAUUUGGCAGCUCUUUUGAAGUCACCUACAAGAAAGACUCCUAGUAACAUUUUCCAUCAUAAAGGGGGUUUGCACUUUAUGUGGAUCCUUACAAAAUUUGCAGAAAUUCUUUUCCCUAAAUGUAGGCUGUCCUACCUAAUCUUUCCUGUAGCUGCCUCAGGCUGUUAAGACAGCUGGUGAUAUAACACAGUGAGGAAGAUAAAAAAAAUCUGCUAUCCGCUGAAUAGAGGUUUUGAGUUGAGAGAAACCCCGUCGAUGACACCAAUCACAGUAGACUGCCCAUUUCCCCUAGUAAAUUGCUGAGGAGGAUUUUCUGAGGUAACUGGACAUAUGCCCCGCUGCCUCCUGAGAAAAUCCCCUUGCUUGGAGGAGAUACUUGAUAGUCUCCAUCCGUGAAGAGACAGGAAUGCUACUGACUGGUGAAAUCUUCGACAUGAGAUUGGCAAAGAUUCUUGUCGCCACGGAGGAAUCUCUCUUGGCACCUCUGCCAGAAGAGACAGAAGGUCUGGGAACCACUCUGCCUGAGGCCACAGAGGAGCCACCAAGGUCAUCCUAAGAUUUCGAGAACUCAUUACCCUGUUCAGAACUUGAUGGAUUAGGCAAAACGGAGGGAAGGUGUAACCCUCGAGAUUGUCCCAAGGGUGUUGGAAGGCGUCCUCUGUUAGAGCAAGAGGAUCCGGGACCACCAAACAUUAAACCUCCAAUUUUCCAUUGAAUUGAGUUGUGAAGAGGUCUAGCAUAGUUAGAUUUUUAUUUAGCUUCUGUGAUGUAAUACAGGACUAUACAGUACAUUUGAUAUAAUUUAUUGUCGGACUAAUUUGUGCAAGAUUCUUCAUAUAUCAUUUUAUUUUAUACAUAUGCACUUUUAUAGAUAAGAUUUAAUAUAAAUUUUUGCUUGUGAUAGGUCCUAACCUAUUUCCCAUUUAUGAGAUAAAUGAGUGUUUGAGUAAUACUCAUUCUUAUUUGUAAAAUAUCCUUACGGGAAGUCUCAUCAUCCUAGUACUGUAAAAGUUGAUUAUCAACUUUUAUGUUUAAAAUAAGGAGAUUUUUCUUGAAGGUAACCUUUCCUGUUAUAGUUGCUGAAGUUGCUGCUUUGCAUUAAUUUUCAUAAAUUAAAAACGAGCACUUAAGAUUAAAGAUACAGAUAGUAUAACACCAAAGUUUCUUGUUUAAUCGUCCUUUUGUCAUCUUGAGAAGAAACAUACCUGCAAACGACAGAGAAAAAGUUUAGAUUUAUGAGUUUAUCUUUUCAAUAGUUCUUGAGUACAGAUUCAGAUCUAAAUACCGUAAAUACAUAACUAGGUACAGUAUAUACAUCUCAGUGUUGUAUCUAAUGUUGUUGUUACUGUGGUUGUCUUUCAAGCAACAAUACUCUUCUUACCUUGUAUCGAGGAAAUGAUACUGAUGUUGUUCAGUGCAUGUUGUUUUGAUGAAUGAGCAAUAGUCAAUAGUCAGCUCUGUAGAGCAGACUCAGUUAUACAUUUUUAAUGUCAAGAUAUGUGUACAGUAUAUUUUAAGGGGAACAGUGAGCAUUUACCGUGAACAGGAAAGCUAAUUUUUUUCUUUUUUUUUUCAAUUUAACAACUUAGCUCAAAUCUCAUAGAAUUUUUAAUGCAUUUUAUAAGGCACAUUUUGACUUAUGGCAACUUUUAUAGUGCAAUAAAUAUUCAAGGAUGUUACAUGGCAAUACUCUUUUACAUACUGUAUUUCUUUAUACAUAUUUUUUUUGUAAAAGCUGCAUGAUAAAAUGGGUAUGUUGCCCAGUUAUGAAGAUAUUAUGACUCAAAUGCUUAAGAAAUACUGCACUUGCCAUAUGGGGCUGGCAUUGUUUAGGAGUCAGCUUUAGGAGACACUAGAGGUCUUGCAAAAUUGGAAAUUAAACAACAGCACAAGACAGAUUUAAUGAUGUAUUAUGUUGAAUCUAGCAUAUGUGAAAUUGCAGCAAUAGGUAAGGACACUUACUUACAUAAAAGACAUUUGUUUUAGCCUUAGGAAAAUAGCUGUGGACCUAAUAGGAUGUACACUUCAUCGGUACGAAACAACUGUAGCAAUAAUAUUAUGAAAGUACAUAUUGUUAUAGUAUUUAUUAUGCAGAUUCUGAUAUGUUAGCUAAAACUUCCACAGUUUGAUGAAAAUGUAAUGUGUCUUUUGUUAGUGAAAUCUGGGCUUUCAGCUUUUGGUUCUCAACGUAUUUCUUAAUACUAGGUCAUUUUAUUUGUGUUACUUUUGUUUAAAUAUGGUGGAAAUUUCUGGUUUUAUUACGCUAAUAUUUUGUAACUUUGUUACGUACAACUUUUUAGUCGUGGUCUUUUACUGAAAUACUAAUGCUAGAAUUAAGUUAAAUUAUCAUUAGCUUUUUAUGUGACAAUCUUUCAACAUUUUUUGGAACUGUUAGUUUCUGAUUCCACUUUCAUAAGUUUACUGUCAUUUUUUAACCAACAACGUCACCUCAUACGUUUUUCUCAGAUAUUUUUUUUAAGUUUAAUGCCUCUUCAGAGCUCAUUACAUUGUCAGUAACGCCAUUAACUCAAAACACUUUAUUCCAAUUUUAGAUUUUAGGACUUGUUCAAAAUUCAAUGUGAUGUUUUCAUAGUCCCAAAAUACAGUAUGUAAUAUCAGAAAGCAUAUAGUUACCCUUACAAAUUAGCUGUUGUCACAAAGACAAGAUUUCAUUUUAUGUAAUGUAGAUACUACACAAGAAGCACAGCAAGUAUUCUGGACAUCUCAGAGUACUUUAUCAUGAUUUUAUCUGCAAGCAUAAUUUAAAUAUGGAUAAGAAUGAUGCACAUAUUUUAACCAACAAUAAUUUUCUGGUUGCUUAAUUUUUGGACAUUAGACCGUUCGAUAAAAAGAAAUUUGCCAUUGCAAGCGAAAAGCAUAGCUAGCCACUCUAGACAUUUUUACUCUCAAGAUUUUGCUUGUGUCAGUUGUGCAUUUUUAGAAUAGAUGGAACUAGUACAUCCUAAAGAAAGAAAUGUUAUGAUGUUAACAUUGUUUUCAUUGUCUUUAGUAAAUGAUGUUCUAACAAAAAAUUACAGAUUUAUUGAUUGACAAUCUUCUGUAUAUUAUUUGUACAACAUUAAAUUUUAAAUAUUUCAAUUUUAAAAACCAGACUUGUCAGUGAUCUGUGGCCACAUUAAUCCAACUAAUAGAGAUGUCACUUAGAGCUCCGUACUUUUACAUAUCAAAAGAACCUUGAUUAAUUUUGGUUUACCUAAACAUUCAUCAGCAUUAGGACUGAAGUAUUGGUGGAGGAUUCCAGUUUGUUGACAGUAGUGAGUUAGGUAAUGUUGUAUGUAACCCUAACUGUAAAUGGUUUUCGUUUAAGACAAAGAAUUUUGAACUUUUCAUACGUCAAUUUUUAAAGUAAGUGCUUACAAAUGAGUAUGCAUAUAAACAGUGCUGUAGCAAAUCAAUUUAAUUUUGGGGGCCUGACAUUUCUGAUAAGUAACAAAAGCCAUUAAGUAACAAGGACCCUAAAUUAUAGCCUGCUCUUGAAAAUUAUCUAGAUAUCUUAUAUCUAACACCAAUUCCGUAUAGAGUAUAGCUCCUAACCUAAACUAACUUGUAAUUUAAACUUAACACUUAAUUGAACACACACAUACAUAUACAGUGGACCCCCUGUAUUCGCGUUCUCAGGAUUCGCGGACUCACACAUUUGCGGAUUUCUCUCAGGAAUGUUUCCCCGCAUUAUUCAUGGAAAAUUCGCACACUCAAUAUCCACAAAUUCCUGGUUUUUUUGCUCAAUUUCAUCAUAAAAUGCACUUUCUGUGAUAAAACUAUUAAAAAACCAAGUAUAAACAUUUUUAGUGGGUUUUUCUUGAGUUUUAACUAACAAAAUAGGCUGUUUUUAGCGUUUUUAUAGGGGUUCCAAACAUUCGCGGGUUCUAACUAUUCACGGGGGGGUCUGGUACGCAUCCCCCGCGAAUACGGGGGAACCACUGUAGUAUAGUAUACACAUACA